AUUUUCCCAUAAGACUCCCAUAAGAGUUAAUAUUAAGUGUUUUUUUAAAGCAUUAAAAUAGAAUUGUUUUAAAAUUAAAAUGUAUUCCAGCGGAUCAAAUGAAUGUGAAUGUGGAGACGUGUUUGUUCGGGAAAAAGGAGAACUGCGCCGAGUAAAGCCCACAGGAAACGUGCCUCACAACCCCGGACUUAAAUCAUCGUAUGAAUUAUUCCAUAAAGAUUUUUCAGUCAGAAUCUGUAUGGACAGUUUCCUAGCGAACGAAUGUAGAAAAAGAAACGAUCACUUCAUCUUCACCUACAACGGUGAAGGGAGUCUGCGCUACACGGUGAAAUCGCUGCUCGAUAUAUCGCUCCUGUACAUCGCCGAUAACAUCGAACAUGUCGAGUCCCUGAUCGGUUUCCCCGAGCAAAUGGCAGACAAGUUGUUCACAGCAGCUGAGGAGAAACAGAAAUUUACAGAGCCGUCUACCUCUGCGAGGGGGUUACAGGUCUUCAGCCAGGCCUAUGGAGAACUUGUGUUAAAGUCGCUGUGUUUGAGAGAGAGGUGUCUCUUACUGUCUGAAAGGAUGGAAGAGAUUCAAGUAUUUCAUUGUUUAGAGACUCUGGAUCUCCACGGAUGCAGGUUAGGUGACAGUCAUGACUUUUUCAGUCACCUGGCAUCACAGGCUUGUUCCAGGCUUGUAACAUUGUUCUUGGGAGCAAACUGUCUGUCAGAUAAAGGGCUGCAGAGACUGACGGCGCCGAUCAGAGUGAUGAAAAGAGGCCUGGAGAACCUGCAACAGCUGGACCUGUCAGAUAAUCCAGUGACGGAGAAAGGACUCGGAUAUUUAACAUGUUUCCACAAACUGUGUGAGCUGAACAUCUCAGACACGAAUGUCCAGCUGGACUCCAGACUGAAGAGUUUCUUCAGGAAUAAGAUGUCGAUGGUCUUCUCAGCAUCAGCGCUGCAGACGUUCACACACUCGGAGUGUAGGACCGAGGGCUGGGCAGAGCAGGUAAUAAAUCAGUGGGAAACCAAAGCUGCAGAAUUACCAAAGAAAACCCUGAAGCCAAGAACCAACGCACUCCACUUCUAUGGAAGAGAGAAGUUUGUGCGAGAAAACGUCCACUCUGUGUGUAACGAUGCUCGACCUGAGGAGAAGACCAGCAUCAUCCACUUUCAUAAACUGGACCCUCACUCUCUAUCUGAAUGUGUCACAGACUCACACACACACCUGAACACACACUGUGGGAAGAAGAGGAAGUUCUCCAAGGAACAGGAGGAACAUGUGAACUCGCACUCAGCAGCCAAGCGCUCGGCUUCUCUGUGUCCGUUAUCAGCUGAGGACUUGGAGCUUCUCAGUAGAUACUGACCAGCAGCUUGUACACACACACACACACACACAAUUGGGUGUGUGUGAAACAGGAUGAGUUUUAUAACUGUAAUAAAUAAAGGUUAUAACUAUAAUAAAUGUUUGAGGUUCUGAUUAGA